AUAUCCUUCAACAGGUAAAGGAUAUGUGCAUAUAUCGAUAUCCGAUAAUCGUUAUCCAACCACCACCUUGGGCUGACCACAGGGUGACUCUAGCAGUUGUGUUUCUUUCAGCUGUUGAAUAUGUAUUUCACUUUAGGAAAAACAGGACAUGUCGCAUUUGCACGAAAAGAUCGAACUUUGUGAUAAACAUAUUCGAUGGGCCAUCGGAAAGCGGCCUUUCCAAUGUGGAUGUGGUCUCCCACUACACUGGCCUAGACGUUCAACGGGGCGACUCCCUCCCUGAAACAGUUUGCUCGCUGUGCCUCGUGGAUGCGCGGAUUGCCUUCAGAUCUAAGCCGUCCUGCCCGGAAAGUGACCAGCUAGAUAUCCGAGCCACGGAAGACAAUCUAGACGAGUUAGGGGCGAAUACAGAGAAGGAGAUCCUCAAAAUCGCAGAGCUCUGCGACGAAAGCGCAAUAAAGAAAGAAGCUCUCGAGAUACCGGAAUACCAAGUAAAGCAGGAACGACUUGAGGAUUCAGAAUGCAUAUUACCAGACUACUCCCGUACAACUCCUUUUCAAAUUAAGGAGGAGCAAAUCGAAUGUGAAUUGCUCCAUGAUGAAGUAUCUUCUAGCUAUAGCAAUACAUUGUACGAUGAAGUAAUACGGCAAACAGAUAGUAAGACAACAUUCCUCGGUGAUAGUAGGACUCAUGAGUCGUUCUCGGCUAGAAAUACCUUGACAUCGCAGGGAAUGCCCCACAAGGCGGAUACUUCUUUUAAGUAUCAGAAACGCUCUGCCCGGAAAAUAUUCUUCAGGUGCUCCUUCUGCAUGAAGUGCUUUAAGCAGCAGUCCGAUUUGGACCUGCACAUGCUGAGUCACUCUGGGGAACGCUUCAGUUGCUCUGUUUGCUCCGAGUCGUUCGCCUUUAACAACGAUCUCCAACGACACAUGCGAACCCACAAUACGAAUUUAAUCAAGUGUCCCAAGUGCCCAAGACUGUUUCAACAUAAAACUGGUCUUAAAAAUCACCUCCUUAAACACGGAUUUAAAUUUCAUAGUCCCUAAAAGUACAUGCAAUUAAUAUAACUACAAGUACAUCAUAAGAA